AUGACGGACGCGAAGCAGGUGAAGCGCGAGCGCUUUGAGCGUGUCUUUUCCACGAUCGUGGAUGAGCUGCUUGACUACAUGAAGUCGCAGUCGAUGCCGAACGACGCGGUGGAGUGGUUCAAGCGCAACCUGGAGUACAACACGCCCGGCGGCAAGCUCAACCGCGGCCUGUCGGUCGUCGACACGGUCGAGAUUCUCCUCUGCAUCGAUGGCAGCGGGAAAAAGACGCGUGAGCUGACCGAGGAUGAGUACACCCAGGCGGCGAUUCUCGGCUGGUGUGUCGAGCUGCUCCAGGCCUACUUCUUGGUCGCUGACGACAUGAUGGACGCCUCGAUCACGCGCCGCGGCCACCCCUGCUGGUACCGCGUGGACGGCGUUGGAAACAUUGCGAUCAACGACGCCUUUAUGCUGGAGGGCGCGAUCUACCACCUGCUCAAGGUGCACUUCCGCUCGAAGCCGUACUACGGCCACCUCCUGGAGCUCUUCCACGACAUUACCUUCCAGACGGAGCUCGGGCAGCUGAUCGACCUGAUCACCGCGCCUGAGGAUGUUGUCGACCUGAGCAAGUUCUCGCUCGACAAGCACCACCUGAUUGUCGUGUACAAGACGGCCUUCUACUCGUUCUACCUGCCUGUUGCCCUCGCGAUGCGCAUGUGCGGUGUGGACGACGAGUCGCUGUACAAGCAUGCGCUCGACAUUCUCCUGCCGCUCGGCGAGUACUUCCAGGUGCAGGACGACUACCUGGACUGCUACGGCACGCCAGAGGUGAUUGGCAAGAUCGGCACCGACAUCCUCGACAACAAGUGCUCGUGGAACAUUAACGUGGCGCUUGCCAACGCCACGCCCGAGCAGCGCAAGGUCCUUGACGAGAACUACGGCAAGAAGGACUCGACCGCCGAGCAAAAGGUCAAGGAUGUCUUUAACGAGGCGAACAUCGACCUCAAGAAGCGCUUUGCCGACUACGAGCGCGAGUCGUACGACCGCAUCCACGACCUGAUCAACAAGCUGCCGGAGACUUCGGGCUUGAAGCGCUCCGUCUUUGUGUCCUUCUUCGAGAAGGUCUACAAGCGUAGCAAGUAA